GUUGAGGUUAACUUCACAAAACAAAAAUAAUAUAUUAAUUUGUUAAUUAUAAAAGUAUUUUAAUAAAAAUGGAACAUCAAUUUAGUGAUGAUGAAAGUGCAAUAAUACCUGACAACAAGCUAAAUGAUCUAUCUAAAGAUUUGCACAAAUUAAAAUGUGAUGUAGACGAAUAUAUAUCAAACGAUGACGAAAACGAUUACUCCUCAGACGAGGAGUAUGACACCUGGGAGACUUCAGUGGAUUACCAAAAAUCUCACGCACUUUACCAAACAAACGAUUCAAAUCACGUCAACUCCCACAACAGCACCAAACUCACAAGUUAUCAACCCCAAGAAAACGUCUUUAAAAAGUUCACCAACAAAAUCAAUUUAGAAAAAUACGAAGGGCCUUCUUUGCCCGGACAUGUUGUCAACACUUUAAUAGAAAAUAACAGGAAAUACGAUGCUUCCAGGCUUAGAAAAAAAGAUAAAAACGAUCGUGCUACAGUUGAACAAGUCAUGGACCCUAGAACCAGGAUGAUUUUGUUUAAAAUCCUUAACCGUGGUGCUAUUACAGAAAUCAACGGUUGUAUAUCAACAGGCAAAGAAGCUAACGUUUACCAUGCGACUUCUUCUGAUGGUUCAGAAUACGCAAUAAAAAUCUACAAAACAUCUAUUUUAGUUUUUAAAGACCGUGACAAGUAUGUAACUGGUGAAUUCAGGUUUCGUCACGGUUAUUGCAGACAUAAUCCGCGCAAAAUGGUUAACACGUGGGCUGAAAAAGAAAUGAGGAAUUUAACAAGAAUGAAAAGUGUUGGUUUACCUGUUCCCGAACCGAUUUUGCUCAGAAGUCAUGUGCUCUUGAUGGAGUUUAUAGGUGUGGACGGUUGGCCUUCGCAGAAACUUAAAGAUGCUGGGUUGACUGAAACAAAAGCAAGAGAACUUUACCAUGAUAUCGUUGUUAUGAUGUGGACAAUGUAUAAUAAAUGCAAACUUGUCCACGCAGAUCUUUCUGAAUUUAAUUUGUUAUACCACAAAGGCAAGAUUAUUAUUAUUGAUGUAUCACAAUGUGAACAUGAUCACCCACAUGCUUUGGAGUUUCUGCGCAAAGAUUGUUCUAAUAUCACUGAUUUCUUUAAGAAAAACAAAGUUGCAGUGAUGCUGGUGAAGGAACUUUUUGAUUUUAUUACUGAUCCUACAAUAAAUGAAGAAAAUAUGGAAGAAUAUUUAGAGAAGAUAUCUCUGAUGGCUUCUCAAAGAGACGUAACAGCAGAAGAACAAGUAGAUGAUGAAGUUUUCAAAAACUCAUACAUUCCACAAACAUUAACAGAGGUUGUAGAUUACGAAAGAGAUAUAAACUUAGCUAAGUCCGGAGGGGCAAACUUAGUUUAUCAUACACUUUCUGGUCUGAAACCGGACUUAUCUGCUACAAAUGAAAAACCUGUCAUUCUAGAUGAAGGUACAACAAGUGAAGACGAAUUAAAUAGUGGAAGCGACAGUGAAUCAGGCACAGACAAUUGUGAAGAAGGUUCCAAAUUCAAAAACAGUGCUCGGCCGGCGAAUGAGACUCCAGAAAGCAAAAAACUCAGGAAAAAGGCUGUUAAAGAAGCUCAAGCCGAGAAGAGGCAAACUAAAAUGAAGAAGCACGUUAAGAAAAGAAAAGAGAAGUCAAAUAAGAAAAAAUAACAACAACAAUGUUCUCUCUGAUA